CGCUGCGGCUCGCGCACCUGGGAGCGGCGCGGGGAACCGCGGAGACACGGACCACGGACGGAAGCGGCGGCGGGGCCACGACGGCCGGCGGCACGGCGACGGCAGCCUCCCCCGGUGCUCGGUCCUCCUCCUGCUCGCUCUCUCGGCCCUUCGCGGCUGCGCGCCCAGGCCCAGCGGGGCAGCGCCUCAACCCCAGCGGCCAGCGUCGCGCCCGGCGGCGCAGCCGCGGCAGCGACCACUCGACGGACACCCGCUGCGCCCGGCGGUACGGACUCCAGACAUUCGAUCGGCUCCCUACGGUCCUCCCACUCCCAGACCCAGUCACAGUCCCAGCUCGAGCUCCGGUUGAAGCAAGCACUGCUGGCGAUGUAUGGUGCGUCUGACCCCACAGCUGCGGAGCGCACGGCGUUCCGGUGUGCUGAGAAGCAGUACAAGCUUUACAAGCCACUCAACCUCAAGGGCAGGUCCAGGUCCAGGAGCAAGCUGUCUGGUGGAGAAGGAGGUGGCGCUGAUCUGUCAGCGGUAGUUGACUUCCACGUGCUGCUUGCUGCUGAUGGGGAGCUUCCCGCGGGGAUUGGUCGGCAUGACUGUGUGGGGUUUGACCGCCCCGUGUUCUGCUUCUUGGACAGGCCAGGGUUCUAUUUCAUUCCUGGUGCUUUAUCAACUGAGGAACAAUGCUGUUGGAUCAGGGAAAGCUUGAAAACAUUUCCACAGCCACCUAAUAGGACUAAUUUGACUGCAAUAUAUGGUUCAAUUUCUGACUUACUCAUCGCUGCUAAAAAUAAAAAGGUAUUGGUUGAAGCAGAAAAUCCUGAUAUCCAAGAAAGAAAUGAACAGAAUAAUUGUGGAGGGAAAACGAAAUCCAAAUACUUCAAAUUUGUGGACUCAGAGAGCCAGAAAGGGGAAGAGCAUAGGUCAACUGCAGCCACUACCCUUAUGAGGAAGCUCCGGUGGAGCACCCUUGGUCUACAAUUUGAUUGGUCAAAGCGGAACUAUGAUGUAUCACUUCCACACAACAAGAUUCCAGAUGCUCUAGCUGGUCUUGCCAAAAAGAUGGCUAUUCCAGCUAUGCCUUCUGGAGAAGAAUUCAAGCCAGAAGCUGCUAUAGUGAACUAUUAUGGUCCAAGUGAUAUGCUUGGUGGCCAUGUUGAUGACAUGGAAGCAGAUUGGACAAAACCUAUUGUAAGCAUAAGUUUGGGCUGCAAAUGCAUCUUUCUUCUGGGAGGAAAGACAAGAGAUGAAGUUCCAACAGCAAUGUUCCUGCGCAGCGGUGAUAUAGUUUUGAUGGCUGGGGAAGCACGAGAACGCUUCCAUGGUGUACCUCGGAUCUUCGCAGAGAGUGACCAACAAGAAAUCUCUGCACUGAUUUCACAACUAUCUAGUGGAGAUGACGACUUUAUUUUGGACUAUAUCAAGAAUUCUAGGAUAAAUAUCAACAUCAGACAGGUCUACUGAAGAUCAGAUUGGUUGCAGACUUACACAUGAAAGAUUGGUGCGAACUGCUGCUUUCUUGCUGCACAGUCAGGUCCAUUAUGUUGUAUGGCUCAAGUAGGCGCAUCUGGAAUAGCAAUGGAGUAUCUGAAGGGUUGGAAGGUCCUACAAUAGUCGUCAAACUAACCAUAUGUGAUAUGUUAACUUCCAUUGGACGAAGAUCUUUUUUUCUUGGUAAAAUUUGAUAACCUGUCAAAGGUAGCCAUUGCUAGCUGAUUUCAUGUUGUUAUGUUUUCUGAAGUGAAAAUGCUCCUCGAUUUUGCUGCUACAGUAAAGAUAUUUGUAGAUCUGUUUGAACUUAUUGCUUGAUGUUUCGCUCAUUUUGAACAAUCUUAGGCUUUCUCAGAGUUCAUUUGCUAGUGUCUGUAUGUUCUUUCGUCUUGAGGAAUCUUAGGCUUAGUAUCAUUGGAUGGAUUGA